GAUUAACAACAUGAAACGGCAGAGCCAUAUUUUCUUAUUGUCAUGAUCUUGAUAUCAGCGAACCUGAAUUAACUACAAUUCUUUUCGCUUUGGACGAAAUACCGACACUGACAAUCCUUUCGCAAUUUUCUAAGCCGGCCCACGAUGCCGCGAGUAGUAGACUACGCGCCUGCCUGGCUGUCCAGGCCCUCCCCAGGCGCUACAUUCUUCUCGAGCUCGAAUUCGAACAAGUAUGCCGAGAGAGAUACCGAGUCGUACUUUGGACCGAUCAAAAUCUUAGCGCGGAGGGGCACUGAAGUAUUCGCCGUGGUGGAUAAUCAGAUUCGAUGGGCAAAUCUUUCCCUGCUAAAAGACCAGUGGCAGGAAAGAGUGAGGCAAAAGAGAAAAGAGACAGGCUUUGGAUCUACGGAUGGAGGAAGUUCGUUCUCUGGUUCUAUAAGAAUACCUAAAAAUGGCGGCUUAAAUGGAAAGGGAGCUGUGACAGACACGGGCGAUGACGGGACGAGUUUCGCAGACAGCUCGUCGCACUACAGGGUUCUUACUGCGCCGAUAUAUGGACAAAUACGACAACUCGUCAUUUCACCGAAUGGAGCUUUCCUCGCCAUCCUUACGGCCCAUACCAUCCAUGUUGCCAUUUUACCAGACUCGUCUCACCUGUCAGGCCCGGAUUUCUCCCCUCUACGGCUGAGGACAUACCAGCUUGGCCCUGCCACGCAUGUCAUCCCUGAAUCCCCAGUCAUUUGCGCACUUUGGCACCCUUUGGGAGUGUAUGAUAGCUAUGGAGGAUGUAUCAUUACAGUCACUGCAGACUCCGCCGUCCGCGUUUGGGAGGUUGACCGGAGAGACCACUGGUCCUUUGAUCGCCCUGCUCUUGCUAUCGAUUUGAAAAAGCUAGUUGAUGGGACGUCUUCCGAAGAAGAUUUCGCACCCUCAGGGUUUGGUCAGAACAAAGGAUUUUCUGCCGACAUAUUUGACAUGGAAGCCGCAUCAGCAUGUUUUGGUGGUCACGGGUACGAUGACGAAAAUGCGUGGGCACCAAUGACACUGUGGAUAUCAAUGAGACAGGGAGAUGUCUAUGCGCUUUGCCCUCUUCUACCGUCGAAGUGGCGCUCUCCGUCGCUGGCUAUUCCAUGCUUAACUGCAUCAAUAGUCCAUAAAUUGGCAGCUGCACAAGAGGAUAUGUCUAAGGAUGAUGAUGAACGGAAAGCUGUUGAACAGCAGUAUACAUGGCUCCAAGAUAUCGACAGUCAAGACCCGAUAUCACUAGCAGAUGAGUCCGGAUUUUCGGAAAUCCGAUCUCGGCCAACAAAACCCAGCCCUAUACCAAGGCUUCAAGGCCCAUUUCAGUUCAGCAUCGAGGAGGAGCCGGAUGAUCUUGAUAUAACGGAUAUCUUUGUGAUCGCUGCUAAGUCGGAAACCGAAGACCUCUUAGCAGGUGAAGAUGAUGGAGAUCUCCUUGGUGAGAAUAAACAAGAGGGAAUAUCAGGGACCAUUAUUUGCCUCGCGACCGAAAAGGGCAUGGUUCAUAUAGCUCUUGAAAUGGAUGGAAUUGAGGGGCAAUGGCUCCCGAGAAAGGGCCAGGGAACCUUCACCAUGCCCGUGUCGGAAGCUUCAGAGCUCUUGCUGCUUGAGUCCUUAGAGACUGUAAGAGAAAAGUAUUAUCAGGCCAACUCUUGGCCUACAUUCGCAGGAGAUGCCGUAUCAAGGUAUAAUUUCUUUGUGACUACUGCUAACAGUGUUACGUUUAUCUCCCUGUCCUCUUGGGCGCAGCGAAUUGAGCCAGAGUUACAAUCCGAAGAUACAACCGGAUCAUCCUUCCGCAUCAAUAUUAUCUGUGACGGUGUCAUUGCUGAACGAGAACAGCUUAUUCAACUUCCAGAGUCUAGAGAUGACAGUCAUGAGCACCUCACGAACAGCUCGGUGAUGUACGAUUUCGAUUUAGGUUAUAUGCUACUCACCUAUGCCCCGUCUCAGGUUUCUGCUUUGGUUCUGGAAUCGGCAGCAACCGGAGAUUUGGAAAGCGCCCAAGAUCUCAUCCCCGUUGAACCGGAUAUCAACAUUCAUCAGGCUUACAUGGGUAUCCCUCAACGUGCGCCGUACCAAGUCCCUUCGGUUCUUUACUCUAUCACCCCGUUAGAGACGUUUAUCAACGAUCAUGUACCCCAUGGUCGCAGACAUGCCUUGAAAGAUCCCAUUCGCUUGUCGCCAUCAACUCUCGAUGUCAUAACCAGUGCUCAUAGGAUCCUCAGUGCAUAUACUCACGCUCUCGAAAAAGCCGCUUCAGAUCUUUUCCGAAGAUGCGAGCGAUUGCAAGGAGAGAUGCGCGAUCAAUUGUGCCAGCUGGUGGAUAUUGCAGAAAGAAUAAAUGAUGUCUCUCGGGGAACUGUUCGGCGAGUCCAACGACCUGACAUAGCUGGCCGCGAAGAAGCUCUUGAUUCGAGGAUGGCCGCCGUUCAGUCCAAGCAAAAAGAGUUAAUCUUGCGAUAUAACUCUCUUCGGAGCAAACUAUUGAGGGCUGGCGGUCGGCCAAUAAGUGAUAAAGAAAAGGGUUGGAUUCGAGAGGUCGAUACACUAACAGAAUCACUCGGAGGAGCUGAUGGCGAUGAAAGAACCGAAUUGCUUGAAAGACUCAAAACCGCGAAAUCUUUGGCUAAGGAACUUGUAUCUGAAUCGAAACGGUCUUCCGAUAAUUCCAAUGAAGCUACCCCCACCCGUAUCGACGCGCGUUCAAGUCCAUUGCAUGUUCCGCCACGACUACAGAAGGCGAAAGUUGCAGAUGCGAUGAAUAUGGUUGAAAGAGAAGCUGCUGUCAUUGACGCUAUAACAUCACGACUGGAACGGUUGAGCACCAGCAUGCCCGAGCUCUGAGUCUUCUGUGCCCUAGAAUUUCAAGUUUGUCCUCCUUACCGACAUAACCACCUACUUAUCCCUUUGAUUGGUCAGUUGCAUAUGCGUGCCAUUUGGACCUUGCACAGAGCCUGUCCCGCAUCCGUAUACCCUCUGAUUGAGUGCGUUGGUGUCAUGGAUUACAGAAUGGCCGCCUUCACGGCAAGUAUAAUGUCAAGACACCAUGGGCCAGCUUUAAGUGAACAGGGCUGAGAUUCCCUGCCUAUAUGUUCUGUGAUGACACUCAGCAUCUGUUCUUACUGAAAACACUACUGUAUCUGUAUCAAUUGAACAUAGGAAAAAUUUUGCUUUGGCCUGGUAUUCCACCACUUAUUUUU